GUUAAUAGUGCGGUUUCUGUGACAUCAGUCAACAAUCUGUUUCAUCGCUCGCUUCUGUACGUUUGCUUAGCACCAUGAAUGCUAAAAUGCUACGUUUCAUCACAGUCCUGGUGGGAUUACAAGUUACCACAGUAACCACGCUCAACACAACCACUCUACCACUAAGUCAAGCCACCAGAGAAACACCCCAGCCUUCAAGCACAGCAUCUACAUCCACCUUUUCCUCCAGUGGAAAUAAUUCUCCGAGCACAGCAUCCUCCACUUCAGCUUUGAGUCAAACAAAUCCAACGAACGGCACAUCUCUUGCAACAAGCAUCCAUCAAACUGAAACAUCUUCACAGCCAUCCGAGAUCACCACCACUGACCACACUAGUACAGCUUCAGCGGUCACCAACAGCAGCAAAACCACUGAUCUUUGGCCAGACAAACUGGUUUCAGUAACAAACAUCCAGUCGUCUAGUGAAAAACCUGGAGAGAGACCUGCUUCAACAGGAAACGUCAAUGAAAACCCACAUUCAGAGAUCACCACCACUGACCACACCAGUACGGCUUCAGCGGUCACGGACAGCAGCAUAACCACUGAUUUUUGGUCAGGAGUAUUCGAUUCAGUAACAAACAUCUGGUCAUCUAGUGAAAAACCCGGCGAGAGACCUGCUUCAACAGGAAACGUCAGUGAAAACCCACAUUCAGCUGCCGAGAGAAAAGAUGGCUUGCCGAUGAACCCGGGUCUUGUGGCCAUCCUGUGCAUAUUCUUUAUAGUUUUAGCUUUGGUGCUCGUGGUUGGAAUUGCCAAGAUCAUCAGCUGCAGAAGAAAUUCACAGUUUGAAAGGCUGGAAGAUUUACCUAUGGCCCAGCAGAGCAUGGUGAACGAGAAUGCUCCGUUUGCUCGAUAUCCUCCAAAAUAAACAAGACUUUCAUCAUGUGGACAUCAGGAACGACAGAGUAAAUGGAGAAUGUCCUGCUUCAUGUAAAACCUGUAGUGGAUUGUUCUUAAAAAGCUCUAAAAGCUUAACUACAUGUCAGACAUGUUUAGAAAAAAUAGAAAUGAUUCAUGCUGUUUAAAACUCUUCAUAUCAUCUGUUUGGUUAAUUCACAACUGUGUGUGUGUGUGUGUGUGUGAGACACAUGGGUGUGUGCAUGUUUAGUUGGGUAUGUGGGUUUAUCAACUGAGCCAUAUCAUUUUCAUUUUUUCCUUGUAUGUUUACUCACUAUUUUCACUAAGUAGACUUUAUUUCCUGUUUAAAACUAUCGCUCACAGGGUUGGUGAAGCUACACAUAAUGAAGUGCAUAUAUGUUUCUGCAUAGCUUCGAGUACUUUUAGGUACUCUGAGUACGAGUUUAAUGUAAUAGGAUGCAAGUCUGCCUCACAUUCCUAGAGUUUCUCACCUUCUCCCUGUAUCCACGAGCUUCCUCCAGGGGGCUCUGGAGACAUACUAGUUAGUGGAUUGGUGACUGAAUUCAACCUAGGUGUGUGGGUGUGGGUGUGUGUGUGUGUGUGUGUGUGUGUGUGCGCAGUGCCCUGUGAUAGCCUGGAGUGUAUUCCCAGUUUCUUGGUAUAAACUCCAGCUCUAUUGCAACCCUGCCCAGGAUAAAUGCAAAAGUAGAUACAAUAACCAACUAAAUGGAAAAUGGAAGCCUGGAAGGUGAGUUUUGAGGACAAAUAAAAAUAAAAAAUAUCUUUUGGGAAUAAUAAAACCUUUAAAUACAGUAGAUAUUAUGGUGCAUACAGGUGACAUUAUUUAUGAAUGUAAAGAACACAUCACAUCAAUAAAUCAUUUAGA